AUGGCGGACGCUCUCUCUAUUGAGCAGAACAACAAGAUUCGUGUGGCCCUAGGCCUCAAGCCACUUCCCGUCCCCGGAGCCGAGCCCGAAGACGCCACCGGUCCGCAAUUCAAGGACGAUGCGAGCGGAGCAGAGUCUGAUGAAGAACCUGCAAGCACAGUCGAAACAAGACAAGCGCAAGGCUACGAUAACUGGAAGAAACUUCAAGACGAAGCCGACGCGAAGCGUAAAAGGGAGGAAAAGAAUGCUGCUAUUAAGAGGGCGCGCGAAAUCGCGCAAAGAAAUCUCAAGCUGCAAGGCCAGACGCUGGGCGAAGCCGAAGAUGGUGAAUUGGACACCAAGGCAUGGCUGAUGCAAACCAAGAAGCGCUCCAAGAAGAUUGAAAAGGAGCGAGCGCGCCGACUGGCUGAGGAACUCGAGGAGCGUGAGCGAGCUGCGGCGGCGGAAUACACUGCGGAAGAUCUCGCUGGUAUCAAGGUUGGGCAUGCCAUGGGUGACUUCGAGGGGAGUGAGGAACAUAUUCUCACACUGAAGGAUGCAGCUGUCGAUGACGAGGAAGCUGGCGAUGAACUUGAGGAUGUCAAUUUGGUUGAGAAAGACAAGACCGCUGAAAAGCUGGAGCUUAAGAAGCGCAAGCCUAUCUACGACCCUACAGCUGAGAACCAAGGAAUUCUCGCCCAAUAUGACGAAGAAAUUGAAGGCAAAAAGCGAAAGAGAUUUACACUGGACGCAAAGGGUUCAACCGAGGAGGAGCGACAGGCCAAACGACAGGAAGUCUCAGCCGGGUUAAAGAAAGGCAUGUUCAACCUUGACCUUGCAGAGCCAGAAAUCGCCACUUCGGAUUACAUGGAUAUCAGCGAAGUGAAAAUCAAGAAGCCCAAAAAGAAGAAGAACAAGUCGACAAAACAACGUAUGCCGUUGGAUGACGAAGGUCUGCUGCCGGCUGGGGAAUCUUCAAGCACCCCUAAUGGGGAAUCUAUGGACGUCGAUUCUUCAAACGGAGCUCUGGUCGCUGUUCCCCGCAAGCCCAUCAGCGAGGAUGUGUCCUUUGCAGAUGAUGAUGAUCUACAAGCGUCCCUUGCGCUCCAACGGCGGGCUGCAUUCAAGAAACGCAAGAGGAUGCGCCCCGAAGACCUCGCCCGACAGCUUCGCGAAGAGGAGUCUCAAACGCCUAUGGAAACCGAUGCCCCUGAGGGCGAUACAGAAGAGCCGGGUCUCGUGAUCGACGAGACCUCGGAGUUUGUGUCUAAUCUGCAAAAACCCACUCUCCCCGAGCGAGAAGAGCGACGCACAGCGACACCUGUUGCAGAUGUUCCCGUCAAGUCUGAGCCGGAUGAGGAGCAGAAAGAUGUGGAUAUGGAGCGAGUUUACAAUGACAUCGAGGACGAGGAGGAUCUCAAGCAACGCCUUAAGCGCGAGACCUCCGGCCAGGGUCUCCAAGAUUUUACCGUCACCGGCUUGGAGGAAGAGAGUACGUUGGACCAGGGCGUUGCCGCCACCGUUUCGAUGCUGCGGCAGCGCGGCGUUGUCAAGGACAGCGACGGCACCAGUGCCAACGCACUGCUUCGCGAUCGCCAGCGCUUCUUGCAGGAGAAACUGAAACGCGAGUCCGAGGCGGAGCGUCGCGCCCGCUUGCAGCGUGAGCGGGAUCGUGCCUCGGGCAAACUCGAUCGCAUGUCAGCGCGUGAGCGUGAAGAGCAUGCUCGAUGGGAGAACAAACAACGUGAUCAACAGGAAGCUCGACAGAUGGCUGAGAUCUUCAACAAGGAGUACAAACCAGACGUGCAGCUCAAGUACACCGACGAAUACGGUCGCUCAUUGAACCAGAAGGAGGCGUUCAAGCACCUGAGUCACCAGUUCCACGGCAAGGGCAGUGGUAAGAUGAAGACGGAGAAGCGUCUGAAGAAGAUUGAAGAAGAGAAGAAACGAGAGGCCAUGUCUGCGCUGGAUAGCAGUCUGCAGACUGGCAUGAACAACGCCAUGGGCCAACAGGCACGAAAGAAUCGUCAAGCCGGUGUGCGGUUGGGCUGA